GUUUUUUCCACUUAUUUUCAAUUGCUCCAGUUUUACUUAUAUAUGAGUAAUUAUAAAUUACUCGUCGUCAAGACCGCGAGUGUGGAACUGUAGGAACAAAUUUCGGGAUUCGCACCGCGAUUUCACGCCGUGAUUCGCGCGCGAGUCUGGAGAGGCUAUUAACGUUUGACAAGAACGAAGAAGGGAAUGUCAAAUUAACGACUGAACCUAACCUCAAAUUUUGUUUUGACUUUAACGGGUUGAUGUUUGACGUUUGGAAUACUUUUUAAGAAUGAACUCAAAAAGGUUAUUAAAAGAAGACUUGGAUAGAGACUGUAAAGAAUUGGCCGUGUAUUUACUAGGCAAAGUUUUAGUGCGGAAGUUAGAAGAUGACACGGUAUUGCAAGGAAGGAUAGUAGAAACGGAAAGCUACUUGGGUACUGAGGAUAAAGCAUCACAUUCUUAUAAUAACAGACGAUCUGCAGCAAAUGAGCCAAUGUAUAUGGAAGUGGGUACCUGUUAUGUGUACAUGACCUAUGGAAUGUUCUUUUGUAUGAACAUAUCAAGUAGAGAGCCUGGCGCCGCCGUACUGAUAAGAGCUUUGGAACCACUUUCUGGGAUAGAUACCAUGGAAAAGCUGAGAGUUAAGAAGCUAAAAGGUACAAAGUCUUCACUGAAGAUCAAAGACCUUUGUAAUGGCCCUGCUAAAUUAUGCAAUGCAAUGAACAUUACAAAGGAGGCUCUAAACAAGGUCAAUAUUGCAGACCUGCAGAAUGAACAAAUAUGGUUGGAGGAUGAUCCAAACUAUAAUAAAGAAGAUAAAAAAAUAGUGCAAACAAGUAGAAUUGGAAUCGCUUCUGCUGGAGCAGAAUGGGCUGCCAAACCCUUGCGAUAUUAUAUUUUAAAUAAUGAGUGUGUAAGCAAAAGGGACAAGACUGCUGAAAGAAAUCUGGAUGUUUGAUCAAAAGUUUGCAUUUGCAUAUAUGAAGAAUUGACUGUGUAAUUGUGGAGUAGCUCAAGAUCAAAGAGCAUACACAAUGAUAAGAUGUACUUAGCUUGUCUUGUACAGAAUAGGUGUCCUGGUCAAGGAAAUAUAACGACAAUUUUCCAAUCCAAAACAUUUUGGAUGUGUUGAAGUAUAUAUAAAAUAUAUAAAAUCCAGGCCUGUAUAUGAACCCAGAUUUUUAUGAGAAACUCAGAUUUUAAAAUCAAUUCUAUGACUACAAAAUCAUGUGAAAAACCUUCUAUGACUGUCAAUUAACUAGGUUCUGGAUAUUUGCGCGGCAACCGAUUGGUAUUGAUUAUUAGAAAUAAAACUCGGAAUUGUAUCACAUUUAGUCUUAUUAUAAAUAACAACCUUAAAAAUAUAAAAUAAAACAACACGUAAAAAAGUCUAGGUUGGCGCUGGCGGGGCUGCAUGUAUGGACCGCCGCCUUAGAAAUAUCCUGCCUCCAGAUGGAAACUGUCUUGCUAGUAAAAUCAAUGAUGAUGCUAACGCCAGUCGGACGGAGGUACUUUGAUCUCCUGGUAAACUUACAAACACUGUUGCUACAGCUGCCAACGCAUCACCUGGAAGAAUCAAAACAUCAAUGUUUACUAUUUUAGUACUUAUCUAUAGAAGCUCAUUCAGGCUGGUUUUAGCACAAACCGGGAGACAACAAGGAAGAUUUUUCUCAGGGUGCUGUGUUGACAAAAUUCCCCCUCGCUACUGCGCACAUGCGCCACAUCCCACCCACCCACACAUCAAUCAGUCGUUUGACAUUGCAGAUUCUGGCACACAUCAGUAUUCCAACGUCUCCCAUUGUGGUACCAGACAGCAUGCUCUCCAAUAACCCCAGGCCCUAUUUCAUUUUUGCUUUAUGUAAAGGAGUUACCUAAAGUUGUACCUGAUGCACUGACAACUUCAUUCGCAGAUGAUAUCUAAAUUGUAGCUUCUGGUUUUUGAGAGGAACAAUUACAAGAUAUAUAGAUGUUUCAUUCCUAACCUACAUAAAUGGUUUCAAAUAAUAAUUUAUAUUUAAAUCUAAACAAGACGCAAUGCAUUUCACAAGGCAAAAAUUUGUAACAAACUCAGUUUCAAAUUCAAUAAUAUUAAUAUCAAUAAUGUGAAAUAUAUAAAAUUCCUUGGUGUGUAUUUGGAUUCCCAUAUGGAGUGGAAGCAUCACAGUGACUAUGUAAUAACAAGUCUCAAUUCAUUAUAUUAUACUGGGUGGGCCCUCUAUUUCUUUUUUUGCGUAUAAGUUUAUGUGUUACCAUGUGAGUCAAAAGUUAUGUAUGCAUAAAUGAACUGUCAAAGGUACGCCAUUUAUAGUCAUGGAUUCGUUUACAACACAACAACGCAUUUUGGUUAUCCAAACUUAUUACGAAAACGGUCGAAAUAUAAAAAAUACUUUUCGCAAACUUCGCACUAGUUUUGGCCGACAUGGACGCCCUACAGAGCCUGGAAUCCGUUGGAUUGGUAAUCGUUUUGAGGGAACUGGUUCAACUGAAGGUCGUAGAUCAUACCAACAUGGUCGUUAAGCUCGUACUCGUGAAAACAUAGCCGCAGUGAGUGAAAGUGUGCGAGAAGAUCCAACCACCUCGACCAGGCACCGUUCGCAACAAUUGGGAAUUAGUGAGACCACUUUACGCCGGAUUUUACACAUUGAUUUACACCUCCAUCCAUACAAAAUCCAACUAACACAAGACCAUCAACAGCGGCGUGUUUUUGUUAAUUAGAUGCUGGAAAGAGAAGACGGAUUUUCGGCCAAAGUGCUCUUUUCUGAUGAGGCUCAUUUUCACCUCAAUGGGUACGAAAUAAGCAAAAUUGCAGAUUAUGGGGGGCUGAAAAUCCACACCAAUAUCAUGAACAACCUCUCCAUCCUGAAAAAGUGACUGUUUGGUGCGGAUUAUGGGCUGGUGGCAUCGUUGGACCAUUAUUCUUUGAAUAUGCCGAAGAAAAGGCCAUUACCGUCAACGGGGAACGUUAUCGCGCCAUGUUAACAGACUUUUUGUGGCCACAAUUGGAUCGUAUUGGUGCCGACGAUCUUUGGUUUCAUCAAAACGGAGCAACGGCUCACACAUCGCCAAACAAUCGCCUUAUUGCACACGAAAUUUCAAGACCGCAUAAUUCCACGAAAUUCAGAUGUCAGUUGGCCCCCGAGAUCGUGCGAUUUAACACCCCUUGACUACUUUCUUUGGGGAUUUUUGAAAGGAAAAGUGUAUGCGAAUUGGCCCCGGACCAUUCAAGACCUAAAGCGCAAUAUUCGGACUGAAAUUGCGGCCAUAGGUCCGAUUAUUCUGGGAAAAGUCAUUUAAAAUUUUGAUGUUCGGAUGUUGACCUGUAAACGAAGCCGCGGUGGUCACAUGACUGAUGCUAUUUUUCAUACAUAAAUGGCAUAAACCAAUCUUCAUUUAUCAAUGAAAAAGUUCGAUUUCACCUCGUAAAAAGCGUGUUGAUUUUUCAAAUAGAAAAAAAGUAUUAGAUGACGCACCCUGUAUAUUAUUCAAUUUAAGAGAUAUUCCACCAUUAAAUUACUUAAUUACUUUGUGUCAUGCACAGGUUGACUCUGUCAUUAGAUUAGAUAGAUAGAUAGAUCUCUACUAAUUCAAAAAAUGUGUUCAUGAAAGAGAAAAGAAUUAUCAGAUGUAUAGCAGUUAGAACAUCAUGUAGAGAUCUGUUUAAGAGAUUCAGAUACUAACACUUACUGGUUUAUAUGAUAUAUUUGAAACUUGUUUAUACAUACUUAAAAAUUCCAAACACGCAUCAAUUAAUUUGAGGUUAGUGAAGACUUUUAUACCACCCUAUAGAACUCAAGUUAUUUGUCCCUAAUAUUAAUGGCCUAAAAAUGUUUAACCUGCUUCCUUUGGAAAUAAAGAAUUAGCACAGUCUAAAGACAUUUAAGAAUCUUAAAAGACAAUUUAAUUGAAAAUGGCUUUUGAUAGUGUGGACGAAUAUUUUGAUAUAUGCCCUUAUAUCUUAUUUUUUUAUUAUUUGAC